AUGGGGCUAAGAGCGGCCAGCCUUUUCAUACUCUGGCUGGCUCUUUCCUAUGCUCAUGAAAUAAGAAAAGGAAGGAGAAGAAACCAUGGCCACUAUGUCUGCAGCACUUGGGGAAACGACCAUUUCAAAACCUUUGAUGGAGACAUCUACCAAUUCCCUGGCAUUUGCGAGUAUAAUUUUGUUUCUGACUGCAGCGAUUCUUAUGCAGAGUUCUCUGUCCACAUCCAGCGUGCUCUGAACAGCAAUAACCACCCUGAAAUCCAGUAUAUUCUGCUAAAAAUCAAGGAUGUCACGGUGUACCUCAAACCAAAACUGGUUGUGGUGGAUGGGCGAAUUGUGAAGACACCUUACUACAGCUCUGGUCUGCUCAUUGAGAGCAAUGACAUUUACACCAAAAUUUAUGCCAAAUUAGGCAUGGUUCUGAUGUGGAAUCAGCAGGAUGCACUGAUGGUGGAGCUGGACAACAAAUUUAAUAACCGUACCUGUGGCCUCUGUGGGGAUUACAAUGGAAUUCCAAUCUACAAUGAGUUUAUCAAGGGAGAUGCAAGCUACAAUUCAAUUACAUAUGGGAAUUUGCAGAAGAUCAGCAAACCCAAUGCCAAAUGUGAAGAUCCAGAUGAAACUCAGGCUCUUCCAAGCUGUAACAAGCAUCGUGACGAGUGUGAGAGGCUGCUGACUUCCUCUGCGUUUGCUGAUUGUCGGUUCCGUCUUAAUUUGGAAACGUACAUCCAAGCCUGCAUGCAGGACAAGUGUGCCUGUAACGGCAAUGAGGACUCCUUCUGCAUCUGCAGCACCAUCUCUGAGUAUUCUCGCCAGUGUUCGCACGCGGGUGGCCGGCCGGGUGAAUGGAGGACGCAGAACUUUUGCCCCAAGACCUGUCCUGAUACCAUGGUCUAUAGAGAAAGCAGCUCACCCUGCACAGAUACUUGCUCACACUUGGACAUCAGCAGCCUUUGUGAGGAACACUACAUGGAUGGUUGUUUCUGCCCUGAAGGAACUGUGUAUGAUGAUAUUACUGGAAAAGGCUGCGUACCUGUUAGCCAGUGCCACUGCAAACUCCUCGGAAAGCAGUAUGCACCUGGAGAAAGCAUUUCCAAUGAAUGUGAAGAAUGCACCUGUAAUUCAGGCAGAUGGACAUGCAAAGAUUUACCUUGUCCAGGCACGUGUUCAGUGGAAGGAGGUUCCCAUAUUAGCACCUUUGAUGGGAAGAAAUACACCUUCCAUGGAGACUGUUACUAUGUAUUGGCCAAGGGUACUGCAAAUGACAGUUAUGCUCUCCUGGCAGAGCUGGCUCCCUGUGGCUCCACAGACAGGCAGACCUGCUUGAAGACUGUUGUGCUGUUAGCAGAUCAUAAAAAAAAUGUGGUGGUUUUCAGAUCCGAUGGCAGUGUGCUACUGAAUGAGAUGACAGUGAAUGUGCCUCAUGUGUCAGCCAGCUUCUCAGUAUUCAAGCCAUCUUCCAACUACCUUGUUGUACAAACAUCUUUCGCGCUUCAGGUGCAGAUCCAACUGCUUCCAGUCAUGCAACUGUUUGUGACUGUGGAUCAAUCAGUUCAAGGAGAAAUUCAAGGUCUUUGUGGAAACUUUAAUGGAAUGGAAGGUGAUGAUUUUAAAACAACCAGUGGGCUGGUAGAAGCUACAGGAUCUGCCUUUGCUAACACAUGGAAAGCUCAGUCCAUCUGUACAGACAGGGUAGAAAAGCUGGAAGACCCCUGCAGUCUCAGCAUUGAAAGUGCAAAUUAUGCUGAGCAUUGGUGUUCUUUGCUGAAAAACCCAGAAGGUCCUUUUGCAAGAUGUCACUUAGUCAUUGAUCCUUCAGAAUACUAUAAGAAAUGUAAAUAUGACACAUGCCUCUGUGAAGAUAAUGAAGAAUGCUUGUGUGCUGCCCUGUCCUCUUAUUCGAGAGCCUGUGCUUUCAAAGGAAUCAUACUGGGAGGCUGGAGAGACAGUGUCUGCAGUAAUGAAGUGUCUGCCUGUCCAGGAAAUCAAGUCUUCCUUUACAACAUUACAAGGUGCCAGCAAACCUGUCGUUCCCUUGCUGAUGGUGAAAAGUAUUGCUUGCAAGACUAUGCUCCUGUGGAUGGCUGUGGCUGCUCGCCUAAUACAUACCUGGAUAAACAGGAUAACUGUGUGCCCAUCUCUGAGUGCCCAUGUUAUUACAAGGGAUCAUACCUGGAACCUGGGGAAUAUUUUACAAAAGAUGGAGAACGCUGUGUUUGCCGAAAUGCAAAGGUUCAGUGUACCUCGGUGAAAUUAAGAAUGAAAAGUGCAGAACAAUGUUCUUCUAACAAGACAUUCUUUGACUGCAAUGCAUCCUCAAAAUGGACUUCACAAACACCCGUACAACUUAGCUGUCAUACCCCUCUAACAAAUCAUUUCCAGACAGAGUGUGUCUCAGGCUGUGUGUGUCCUGAAGGUCUAUUUGAUGAUGGCAGAGGAGGCUGUGUUGAGGAGAAGGACUGCCCAUGCAUUCAUAACAACGAGUGGUAUUCUUCUGGACAGAAGAUAACAGUGGACUGCAACACCUGUACCUGCCAAAAAGGGGUUUGGAGCUGCACUGCCAAUGAGUGCUAUGGGACUUGUAUGAUAUAUGGAAGUGGCCAUUAUAUCACUUUUGAUGGAAAAUUCUAUGACUUUGAUGGGAAUUGUGAAUAUGUGGCUAUUCAGGAUUUUUGUGGUGACAAAAAUUCCAGUGGCUCAUUCAGCAUCAUCACAGAGAAUGUCCCUUGUGGAACUACAGGAGUCACCUGCUCAAAAGCUAUCAAAAUGUUUCUAGGGAAAACUGAACUGAAAUUGGAGAACAAAGAGUACAAAGAAAUUCAGCGAGAUGUUGGUGAUGAUGUGCUUUAUUGGAACAGGACAGUAGGCCUCUACCUCGUUAUUGAGGCUAGCAAUGGUGUGAUGCUUAUCUGGGAUAAGAAGACUACUGUUUUCGUCAAGCUGAGCCCCGAUUACAAAGGCAAAGUGUGUGGUCUGUGUGGCAACUUUGAUGACAAGUCAAACAAUGACUUUGUAACAAGGAGCGGACUGCAGGAGACCAAUGCUCUGAAGUUUGGGAAUUCCUGGAAACAGUCUCCCAUGUGCCCAGAUGUCACACAAGAGAUUAAGCCUUGUGAUAUGAAACCACAUCGGAAGUCCUGGGCAGAGAAAGAGUGCAGCAUUAUCCUGAGCGAAGUCUUCAAAAUUUGUCACUCCAAGGUGGACCCAGUUCCUUUCUAUGACGCUUGUGUUCAUGAUGCCUGCUCUUGUGACAGCGGUGGAGAUUGUGAGUGCUUCUGUUCUGCAGUUGCUGCUUAUGCCCAAGAAUGUACCAAGGUUGAGGCCUGUGUUUUCUGGAGAACUCCUGAUAUAUGCCCAAUAUUUUGUGACUACUACAACCCUCGCGAUGAGUGUGAGUGGCACUAUGAGCCUUGUGGCAGUAAUAUCACAACCUGCAGGAUGAUUAAUAAUGUCAGCACCAACUUUACAGUACCAUACCUGGAAGGCUGCUACCCCAGAUGUCCUAAGGACAAGCCUAUUUACAAUGAAGAGACAAAGGAAUGUGUGCCUGAAGAUCAAUGCUGGUGUUACAUCGAUGGAAUUCAAGUUCCCCCUGGGCAUGAAAUACCCACAAAAGAAAACUGUACAAUAUGUGUCUGUGGCCCCUCAGGAUCCAUACAAUGUAAACCAGUUCCAGGGUGUCCUUGUGUCAUCAAUGGAACGAGUUAUGAAGUGGGUCAGACUGUGGCACAAGUACAGGAUGGUGACAUAUGUAUAACAUACAUUUGUGCAGAAAAUGGUUCUGUGGUUCCAGAUAAAAUCUACCCUUGUCCAACAUCAUCCUCACCUACAGUCCUUUCAACCUCAUUUCCUACCAGUACUCUUACCACCACAGUUACCACUACAAGCCAUCCAGUUACUACAACUCCAUGCUUUGGAUUAAUCUGUGAUUGGACUGAGUGGUUUGAUGUUAGUAAUCCUGAAAAAGAUGGUGGUGACUAUGAAACAUACGAUGAAAUAAGAAAACAUGGAUACAAAAUAUGUGAAGCUCCUGAAAAAAUUGAAUGCAGGGCAGAGGAUAAACCUGAUGUGAGCUUAGAGGAACUUGGUCAGAAAGUGCAGUGUAAUGUUUCGUAUGGACUAAUAUGUAAAAAUGAGGAGCAAGAUGUAACUAUGUGGCAACUUUGCUAUAAUUAUGAAAUCAGGGUAAACUGUUGUGAGUGGCAAGAAAUUCCCUGUGAGGUGACACCUACACCUAGUACACCACGAACUACAACUUCAACCACCACCAAGACAUCAGUACCUCUCACCACUACAUCCAGGAUUCCAACAGAAAUUAUCACCUCGACCACACACAUUGCUUCCACCACAAGUGAACUUACACCAUCAGUCUCCACUCCAGUAACUUCAACACCUCCAGAAUUGCUUCAUCAGGCUGACAUCGCACCACAGGGAAAUGCCAUGAUAACCAGGAAGGAACAUAUUCCUGGCACCACGAUGCCCCCCAUCAGCACCACCAGCAGCAGCACCCCGGGGACAACCACAGUUGUUACUGGAUCACCAACACCCACCUCAUCUCCUAUAAAUAUUGUCACCCAGACCCCUCAGCCUCCAACUACAUUACCAUUAAAGGGUUCAACACCUGGAUCAGAGACACCGACAAAGACAAGUACUCCAGUUACUCCUUCAGCUACUCCACUGCCAACAACUAGAACAACAGAAACAGGAAGUACAGUGUUUACCAGAAGCACCACUAUUCAGCAGUCAACAUCCUCAGUGUCAACAAGCCCAGUGACUGUCACCACCUCUGAAGUCACUGAAACGGGAUCGACCCCCAAAACUACUACUUCAGGUCCCACACCCUCAAGAUCCACCAGCACCACACCAGUAACAGAAACAUCUAGCCAUGAGACCACUACCACCGGGACCACAAGCCCUCCAACAGGAUCACAUACCACCCCUGUCAGCACCACAACUUCAGGACCAUCCUCUCUGGGGUCUACUCCUAGCAGUACUGUAUCUCUGUCUUCAGCAUCAACCAGCUCUGUGCCAGUCACCACCUCUGGUACCACUCCAACCAAAACCUUUACCACCACUUCAGGAACCACCUCUAGCAGUUUUACCAUAAGCACUGCAACCACCACCUCAACCACCUUAGAAACACUUUCCCCUAGCUCAGCUAGUACAUCUGGGCCAACUGCAACAUCAACUGCAGUCACCACUACAGGAAGUUCUACAUACAGUACCAUUACUCCAGUUAGUGGCUCAAGUUCAACUACAGGUCUAACACCAACUACGCCUAAAAAAAUAUGUUCCAUUUUACCUAAUGAAUCUUAUGAGCAAGGUGAGUCAUGGUGGCUCUGUAACUGCACUAAGGCAAUAUGUAUAGAAGACGAUAUCGUCCAGGUGAUUCCCAUAAUCUGUAAUCCACCUCCUAAACCUACCUGUGCCAAUGGGCUUUCUCCUGUGCCAGUCAUUGAUGAGGAUGGAUGCUGUUGGCAUUGGGAGUGUGAUUGCUACUGCACUGGCUGGGGAGACCCACAUUACAUGACUUUUGAUGGACUGUACUACAGCUACCAAGGGAAUUGUACAUAUGUCCUUGUGGAAGAGAUUAAUAAGAAAGUUGACAACUUUGGUGUCUACAUUGAUAACUACCAUUGUGAUUCACGAGAUGUGGUCUCAUGUCCUCGAACGCUCAUUGUGAGACAUGAAACUCAGGAAGUGAGGAUGACAACAGUGACACCAAAUACUCUACAAGUCGAGGUGACAGUAAACAAUAACUUAGUGGCUUUGCCUUAUAAAAAGUUUGGUGUGAGCAUCUAUGAGUCGGGCAUAAAUCGUGUUGUGGAAAUUCCUGAGCUAAAAAUGAAUGUGACCUACAAUGGCUUGUCCUUUUCUAUCAGAAUGCCCUACAGCCUGUUUGGCAACAACACUCAGGGACAGUGCGGUACUUGCAAUAACAACACGGCAGAUGACUGCAUGUUGCCAAAUGGAAACAUUGCAGAAAACUGUGAAACCAUGGCAGAUCACUGGCAGGUUGUUGAUCCCUCCAAACCACAGUGCUCUCCAGGCCUAAAUCCUACAAGUUCACCUAGCACAACCCCAGCAGAGCCUUGCAAAGAAUCUUCCAUCUGCGAGCUUCUUUUGGGAAGUGUGUUCAAGCCAUGCCAUGAGUUUGUGCGGCCUGAAAAGUACUAUACAGCCUGCGUUUUUGAUAGUUGUGUACUGCCCAACCUAGACCUGGAAUGCUCAAGUCUGCAGAUCUAUGCUGCCACCUGUGCUGAUCAAGGUGUAUGCAUUGACUGGAGAAGUCACACCAAUGGUGUAUGCUGUAAGUAUGAAUGCCCCUCAGGAAAAGAGUUCAGAGCAUGUGGUCCUAUUAAAGAGCCAACCUGCAAAUCAAGUCACCAAAAUGAAACUUCAACUAAACAAGUGGAAGGCUGUUUCUGUCCCAAUGGAACAAUGCUGUAUGACUCUGGCAUGGAUGUCUGCGUGAAAACCUGUGGCUGUGUUGGAGUGGAUAUGAUCCCAAGAGAGUUUGGGGAAAAGUUUAUAGUAGACUGCCAGGACUGUAUUUGCCUGGAAGGGGAACAUGGCAUUGUAUGCCAGCCUCAUGAAUGUGCUGAACAACAUGUCACUUGUAAUGGAGAAGGCUUCUAUCAGGUCACUGAAGUCAAUCCUGAAGACUCCUGCUGCCCUCUUGUCACCUGCAAAUGCAAUACAAGCCUCUGCACAGCUAAAGCCCCCAAGUGCACACUGGGAUUUGAAGUUCAUUCUUACAUUCCCAGUGGUCAGUGCUGUCCUGUGUACCAGUGCGUUCCCAAGGGGGUCUGUGUUCACCAGAGUGCUGAGUUCUUGCCUAACUCCUCAGUCUUUGUUGAUAAGUGUCAGAAUUGUCUCUGCACAAAUGAAGUUAAUGUCAGCACUCAACUGAAUAUCAUCUCAUGUGAACCUGUUCCAUGCAAUACAUACUGUGCACCGGGAUAUGAACUUAAACCGGUGAAAGGUGAAUGUUGUGGAAGAUGUGUGCAGACCAAGUGUAUUAUACAUGUGGCAAACAGUGGUGAACUCAUCUUGAGUCCUGGAGAGUUUAAAAAUGAUCCUAACAACAACUGCACCAUUUAUAGCUGUGUAGAUUUCCACAACCAGCUUAUCUCUUCCACAUCUGAGAUUACCUGUCCAGCAUUUAAUGAGGACAGCUGCAAACCUGGAACUAUUUCAUUCUUACCUAAUGGUUGUUGCAAAACCUGUGCACCUGUGGAUAGCAGUACCCCGUGCUCUGUCCGUGAAAGAGAAGACUUUAUUGUCUAUAACGGCUGCCGUUCCGUGGACAGAGUUGUCAUGACUGAGUGUGAAGGAACAUGUGGAACCGUCUCGCUAUACUCUGCUGAGGCCAAUUCUAUGGAUCACAGCUGUUCCUGCUGCAGAGAAACAAGGACUACUGAGAAGCACGUGGUACUGAAGUGUCCUGGUGGGCACUCAAUUUCACAUAAGUACAUAUAUGUGGAAAGCUGCAGCUGUCAAGACACUGAAUGCAAGAACCCACAAUCCAGUCAGUUGCAGACAAGAAAAUGACAAGGCAAGAUCUCUGAACCAUACCAAGAGGGCCAUCAGCUUAACAUCAAAAUGAAGACAGAAAAAAACUAGCAGCGUUUGACUGAAAGGCCUGUGCACUAUUCUUAGCUUUCUUGACUACUUUUGAACAUUGCUUUUCCCAGUAAAUGUAUUCUAUUUGUUCUCUGAUUAAUUUGAACAGUCCUCUAUUUAUUUGUGACAAAAUAAGAACACAAAUUUGUGUUCUUCAAGUGCACAGCCUUUUGGAUCCUUUUACAAUCUGCUUAUUUUCUCUGAAUGAUUAAAAGCA